AUGGAGAAUAACACAACGGCUGAGCUUGUCUGCAACCACACAGAUGCAUGGGACUGGGUUUACGCCAUGCAGCCUGCCUAUAUGUCAAUCAUCUGCCUUCUGGGAGUGAUCGGCAACUCCGUUGUGCUUUGUGUCCUCUGCCUCCAGAAGCGGCGAAGCUCUGUUGCUGACAUUUACCUGAGCAAUCUGGCAGCGGCUGAUCUCCUCAUGGUUUCCUGUCUACCAUUCUGGGUAUCUACUAUAAUCAACAAGUUCCACUGGAGAUUUGGGGUGUUCAUGUGCCAACUUAUCAACAUUGUCAUUGGGAUGAAUUAUUAUUGUAGUGUGUUGUUCCUUACAGUUGUGAGUGUGGACAGAUACCUGGUUCUCACAAAACCGUUGUCUCAGGGAAGGCAGAGACAGGCCUUCUGGGCACAUGGAAUUUGCACAACCAUUUGGAUUGCUGGUACCUUGCUCAGUUUCCCUGCUGUUCUUUUCCGCUCCGUGCAGUUCUUCCCCCAUCUGGGUAUUGAUGCAUGCUACCUAGCGUACCCCCAUGAAGGGUGGCGAUUGCGGUACAACAUGACUGUGAACAUAGUCUGCUUCCUCAUCCCUGUUCCAGUUGUAUCGUUCUGUAGUUACCACAUCACUAAAGUCAUUCGAAAGAGACAGAAUAUAAGAAGAAGCAACAGCGGGAGUGUGGAGAGGAAGGCAGCGUACCUUGUGCUUAUUGUUUUGGCUGUUUUCAUUCUUUGCUGGAUGCCUUACCAGAUUCUAAUCUUCUUGGACACCUUGGAUUACUAUGAGGUCAUCUCUGGAUGCACGUGGGCAUAUGUGCUGGACAUUGGCAACCAGUUAGCUACUUACCUUGGCUAUAGCAACAGCGCAUUGAAUCCUUUCUUGUAUGUGAUUGUUGGGAAGAACUUUAAAGAGAGGGCAAGGGAAGUGUUUCAACCCCUGCUAUGCAGGAGGAAAAACCAGUGCGAGGCAUCUGGUUAUGGUGAUUCCAACCUCAUCUCAAGUAAACAAACAGAAAGCACAAAAUUCUAA